CCGGAAGCUGAUCAAAAAAUGUAAACAAACCUUAUCUUAAUAUAGAAUGUUAACUUGAUUCUGUAAAGAUAAGUAAAUUGUAAGAAAAUAUGGUAGAGCCAAUAUUUGAUUUUCAGUUCAGAGUUAUUCUGAUCGGAGACAGUACCGUUGGUAAAUCGUCAUUGUUGAAAUACUUCACAGAUGGAAAAUUUUCAGACGCAUGUGAUCCAACUGUUGGUGUUGAUUUUUAUGCACGUCUGAUUGAAGUAAAUCCUGGUGUCAGGGUAAAACUACAGCUUUGGGACACAGCUGGACAGGAAAGAUUUAGGUCCAUUACAAGAUCUUACUAUAGGAAUUCAGUGGGUAUUUUAAUCGUAUUUGACAUAACUAAAAGAAAAAGCUUUGAGAAUAUUACACAGUGGUUAAAAGAGUCAAAAGAUCAAACAGAACCACAUAAAGGUGUAUACUUAAUUGUUGGUCACAAAUCUGAUCGUGAUGAAGAACGACAAGUCACAACUAGAGAAGGUAAAAUGUUCGCAGAAAGUAAUGGACUGAGAUAUAUCGAAACUUCUGCUAGAAAUGGACAGAAUGUGGAGGAAGCGUUUCUUUUAUUAGCCCGUGAAAUACAUAAAUUGAUACAAGAUGACAAACUACACGUGGAAGACGGUUGGGAUGGUGUAAAACAUGGAUUUUCUAGACCACCGAAAGAACCAUUCCAUGUUGUAGAGGGUGAACCAGAAGGUAGUGGAUGCUGUUGAUACAAAUAAUAUAUAGGUGUAGAAAAGAAAACUGAUUUCUUUUAACUAAUUGUUAAAAAUAAUGUAAAACUACAGCAAUGUGAUUGGUAAUUUCCUGUGCACAGUCAUUUAAGUCAUAAUGUGUAGUUUAAUAAGUUCAAUGUUGCUGUAUUUGAAAGUAUGUAUCGAUCGAUCAGCUCAUAUAAAUUAUUAGAAUUAUUGAAAUGAAAAAAAAAUGUUGAGUGAAACAAUUAAAUAAAUCUUUUUAAAAUAGCAUUAAAUUUCAUUUUUACCAAAUUUGAUUAUUUAAAAAAAGGACAUUUUCUGGAUUUUUUUUGACAAAAAUAUUAUUUGUACAUUUUGAGAAGAAAAAAAAAUAAAGACCAUGAACAAACUUUGAAAGAAUGCACCUUAAUGUACCUUGUCUGUGCUUUAAUCAGAUUUUUAAUUUCACACUUUUAAUGCUUGCAGAUCAAAGAAAAAAUGUACUUUUUAGUCAUUAUGCUAAUGUUGUUAAUAUUAUUUUAAAUAUGUUAUAAUAAAUCACAAUCUUGUUAAGAAAUAUUCAUUGUUUACAUUUGUAAACUGCUUUUAUUUAGAUAUCAAAUAUUGAUUUAAAUGUUCUUCUGAUUGUUGAGCAACCUUUAAAUUUACCAUUUUACCAUAAAUAUAAAUCAUGUAUCACAUUAGUCAGUAUUUUUUGCUGAUAUUUAUUAUUUAAGUGCUAUUUUGUCUCAAUAUUUAUCUAUUCUUGAGAAUUACAUGUACUAUAUUAUUUUACAAGUAUUUUGGAUACCAGUGUAUUUACUUGCAGAAUAAUUAAACCAGUGAAAUAAUAUAUCUUUUUAUAAUAUAUAUAUAUAUGUAGAUUACAGAAAGUUUUGUUUUCAUAUCAUUCUUAUUUUACUAAGGCAUUUUUGUAGCACUGAUUUCGCAAAUUUGGAAAGAAAUUUCAGUCUCAGUCUAAUAUUCUGCUGCAUAGAAUUUAGACAAGCUGAUAUUUAUUAUUGACAACGAAAAUUUUAGGAUUUACAAUGAAGCGUUAAUUUAAACAGACCUAAGUCACAAUUGUCAUGAAUAUUUUUUUUUUAUGAUAAAGAGAUUAAAAAAAAUAGAUAGAAAUUUAGAAAAUAGAGAAUGUGUCCAUGCUACACAUCUGAGGUUCCAGCUUGCAUGUAAUGUUAUAAAGGGACAUACCUAGAGAACUGUGAAUGUGAUACCACCCAAAUUUGAACUUGAUCUGUGUUUUAUGGUAAUAAGCAUUGUGAAUAAGUUUCAUAAGAUUUGGCCAAUCUAAAUUUAGAAAAUGGCAACUAAUUUUGGAACAUAUGUACGUAUGAAUGAACAAGGCUAAAACUUAAUGCUAGCUUUGUUUAGUGUCGGGCUAAAAAAUAAUGUAAACAUCCGCAAAAUUGUAUCCAAAAACAACAGGUUUAUAUUUGGAAAAAAAGUAUUGCUUAUAGGGUCUUAUUAAUGUUGUUUUUUUUGUUAUAAAGUACAUGCAUGUGUAUACAUAAUUUUAUGUUCUCGUCCAAAGAAAAAUAUCUACAUGUAAUUCCAUAUUUAUUCAAAUUGCUAAAAAAAUGUUAAAAGUUUAAUCAGGUUAAUAAUUUAUUUUUAAGUUUGUGUGUUUGUCUCCUUAUUUGUAAUUAGUCAAAAUAUUUAUUUUUUAAGUCCUUUUUUCAUUUGUUAUUUGUGUACCAUAACAAAAUGUAUAUUGUUUGAAAGGAGUUUUAUUUUUAAUUGGAACUUAGUUUUCUACACAACGUGCAUUUUUUAACCCCAAAAUUAUUUAAACCAAUUCACUGCUGUUUUUUGUUGUCUAUGCAAUGCUUUAGUACAUGUAAGUAUGUUAAUAGUUACAUGUAUAACAUUUUAUGUAUGCCUCUUUUUGUUUUGAAGUGUCUCUGUGCAUUAUUAGUCUUGUUCAGGAAUUUAGAAAUCCCCUUUAAACAGUUGGUUCCAUAUCUUGUGCAUGCUAUGCUGAAUAUCACAAAAAUGUUGUUGUUCAUGAUUUCUAAAUUGAUGGUGCAGUCAUACAUGUACUUUAGCUGCAGGACAUGCAAGGCAUAUUUCUUUCCUUAAUUUUUUUUCCAAUAUUUUUUAAGCAUAAUACUCGCGGGCUUUGGUGCAAUUUGUUCUAUAAGAUUUAGUUUGUGCUUAAAUUAUUAUAUCAUGUAGACAUGUAUUUCUUAAAUAAAUUAUAAGUGUGUGAUUGUGUGUAUAUUUGUGUGAAAUGGGGUCAAUUUAGUGAGAAAAAAAAUCUAAUUAAAAAAUGUUUGUUAUAUGUAAAAUAAUAUCAACUUUUUGAAAUUAACCUUUGAGUAAUUUAUUAUUUUAUCAGCGAGGUUUAUGAAUGCUUUUCUAAAAUAAACACUUAUUCUGCAGCUGAUGAUCUAAGAGCAAAGACAUCUUCUUAUUUGAAUCCAAUUACCUAAUAAUAAUACCAUAUUCUGUCCAUUCCUUUGUAAUUAUUUGUCCUUUUAUUUUUGUAUCAUUUAAAGUCCAAUUCUUCAACCAAUGAAGAUAGUUAAACAUUAAACCAUAAAAGAUAUAACUAAAAUUACACAUCAUAUACCAUAUCUUAAUAGGCACUGGCUACGGUUACAUGGAAAUGUAACAAUAAUAGGGAGAAGUGGAUACAAAUUUGACAAUUUGAGUUUGAAUGAAUUUUUAGAAAUAUGAUUUUAGAUUUCUAGGCCCCCCUUUUUUGUUGGAAAAUUUGGUUGAUUAAAUAGGGAAUCACUGAAGCAUGACUGGAGUGGGUCCCCCUUAGAUCAGUCAGCAGCCCCCUCCCUCUUUAAGAAAAGUUCUGGAUCCACCAGUUAUUAAUGACUACAAAUUAAAUCCUAUCUAUUUUGAUUGUCAACAUAUUCAUAUUUUAUAUGAGACUGAUCAUUCUUAUUUAUUCAUCAUAUAUUAAUAUAUAAUCAAAUAAAUUUGUUAUCCAACUACUUAAAAAGAUUAAAAUACUUUAUCAUAUAUUACUUAUCAAAACCUUGCAAUUAAACACAGAUUAUGAUAUAUGCUGGUAUAAUUUGUUUAUUACAUGUUUAUAUUCAUUUAAAUAUAUCCCAUAUAUUUAUAUUUAGUUAAAGAAACUUUCAUUAUUACUAUACUAGUAUAUUUAAGUUUGUAAUAACAUAAACAUAUUUGUAGAUUAUUGAUUUUUGCAGGAGCCAAUUUUGGUUAAAUGAAAAAGGUUGAUGUUUCAGGGAUAUUUGGGGUUUAUCAAUUGCUAGUUGACUUAAUGCCACUUUUUAAAAGGUAGAUUUUGUAAGUUUUACAGUUAGUGUUUUUUACUAGCCUCAAAACCAACGAUUAGGUUCAAAAAUGUUUUACCAAGUAUGGAAAACCCUGCCUUUCUAUUGUUUCUAUAUGUGUGAUUUUCUCUUAUAAUAUUAUUAAAGUAUUUUGAAUUUACUUUACUGCGACUUGAAAGUUAGUGUAGCUCCCCACCUAUUACAACUUAUUCAAAAUUCUGAUCAAAUUGCAAUUUGUUUUAUUUAAACCAAACUGUUCAGAAAUUUUAACAAACUGCUGUAGAAAAUCACAGUCAAGUUGUUAAAGUGCAAGGUGAUAAAAUCUAACAUACUUACAAUCCUAUAAGACUUUUAACUCCACUUUACUGUUGAUGUGAAAAUUUAGGCUAUCAGUUUGUAAAGAUAUACUAUACCGGUAGUCAUUACCAUGCAAAAGGUGAAAUGUAAUUUUGAAUUGCUAUAAAAAUGUCCAAAUAAUCUUUCAUAUAAAUUUUCUUUCGAAAAACACAAAUAUCUGAAGUCUGAAUCAUUAUAGCCAGUUGAACACCCAAUUUUCAUGUCAAUUGGUGGCAAAUAUUGAUUUAAGCUUCUUGAGAUUUGGAUGAAUAGAACAUAUUGGAUCAUUUUGCAUUAAAAGGCACAAAGAAUUUGAGCAAUGAAAAGCUUGCAAUUAUUGAACUACACAAUUAUUGUAUUUCACAUAUCAAACAGUUUCCCACCUUUCCAUUAAUUCAUGUGAAGCAUACUCCAUUAUAUUGGAUAAAAUGUAAAAACAAUAUACACCAAAAGUCAAUGAAUUUAAGUCAUCUUUGCCUAACUCAUUCAAAUAUGAAUGCUUAAGUUAUCUAUAGGCAAGUGUUUAAACUUGUCUGCCAAUAAAUUAUAUUGGAAUAUGAAGCUUUAUAAUUGUUGUUACUGCCAUUAAAAGUGUUUUUUUGUGAUAUGAAUUUAUUUUUAAAGGCUUACAAGAUCUGAAAGCCAGUCAUGAAUAGUCUGGAUUUCAAUUUUGGUUGUAUUUAUGUACAAGUAUAAAUGUAUGCUAAAUAUGUGUGCAAUAAAUCAGUAUUAAGAUUUAAA